CAAUCGACAAGUUGCCAAAACGUGUAGCAACACUUAUUUUUCCAGAGGGAGGAAAAUGGGAUUCCGGAUUUGAUCAAAAUCUGUGGAGGUCCCGUACUAAUGAAGACCAUCGUCGACAAGCUGUCAAAAUUGCUAAGUGCAAAACAAAAGCCCAGCAAAAUUUGGUGGGUCAAAAAAGUGGUAUCACGCACUAUAGCAUCUUACUUGAUCUUGACUACUUCAACGUUAUAAGAUUUUGCCCUGUUGAUCCAAUGCACAAUCUUUUUCUUGGGACAGCGAAAAAGAUGUUCCAUCUGUGGAAUGACAUGAAAUUAUUUUCCCCGAGUCAACUGAAAGACAUUGAGGACAGAAUCAAAUCAUUAGAAGUACCUGGUGACAUCGGUAGGCUCCCAACCCAAAUAACCAGUAAUUCGGGUUCAUAUACGGCUGAACAAUGGAAAAAUUGGACACCAAUAUACUCUAUUUAUUGCCUUAAAGGUAUCUUACUGGAGGAUCAUUUCAGAUGCUGGCAAACGUUUGUUUUAGCUUGUAAAUACUUCUGCCAGUCAGCUAUUUCCAAAACCAACCUGAACAUUGCUGACAGUUUGAUCCUGAAGUUCUGCAAGUCAGUCGAAAAUUUGUACGGCAAGCAUGUCAUUACACCAAAUAUGCAUCUGCAUAACCAUUUGAAAGAGGUCAUACUUGACCAUGGACCGGUUACAAGUUUUUGGUGCUUUAGUUUCGAAAGCUUCAAUGGUAUUUUGGGCAGCACACAGACAAACAAAAGAUCUGUGGAACUACAGCUCAUGAGGCAAUUUCUAAUGUCAAGGUAUUUGAAAGAUAUGAUGCUACCCAGAAUGUAUCAAGAUGAGUUUCUGCAUUUAUGUUUACCAACAAGUUUGGGAAGCAACGAGGGUGAAGAAAUGUCCCCUUCAGACUGGUCCACAGAUCAUGAGUUUAAUAACAUUGUGUCAACUGCAUCACCAGAUGGCAAAAUCAGUUUACCAAACAUGUACGUAAACAGCGAUAUUGUACCAAGUGAUCUUGCGGAAAGCAUACACAAGUAUGGCUCUAUAAAGAUUUGGUCUACCACCUUGGGUCUAAAUUGCAACCAAGAGGGAUACGGUGAGGCCAAAUUUUAGCAUCCUGGCCUGCAAAUAAUGGUCAAGUCCUGAAAAAAACACUCUGUGUGUCUGCUGGCACUGCACAGGAUUACUUUCACCAUUCAAUUAAGCUGGGAAAUGAUCAUCUCACACACUACUUUGCUUGCAUAAGAUGGUAUGUACCCGACGAGGACACAAAUAGCUAUGGGAAUCCUGUCAAAGUUUUCAAAAACAAGUUGCAGUCGGGAUGACCAUGUUCAUUUAUGCUUGUUCAAAGAUUCUUUUCCAGAUUUGCUACUGCCAAAUUUGAACAAGAGGGGGAAAAGAAAAUUGCUGUGUCUCCCAUCAUCAGAAAUGUUCAUUUAUAGAAAUCAGUUUAAUGAACUGCAAUCUAGUGAAAAAGUAUAUGAUUGCCGUUCAUUAAGUUGAGCAUUAAUUAUUGCUUGCACCCGUGAUCACGAUAGAAAUUAAGAGUCUCUUGUUCGAUUGUCAAUCCAAAACAGAAUUUCUACAACUUUGUUAUUACAGUGGCCCUCGUGGUAUUGUAAAUAUCUUUAUAUGCAAUCAGUCAUGGCCCAUAUAUAUAAGCAGUAUAUAAGCACAUAUAAGCCUGUAUAUAAGCAGUAAAUUCAGAAUUUAAGUGAACCCUGUUACAUGAACUGUGUGAAUCAAAACUACAAACAAAAAAUAUAUACAAUCAUGCAUCUCGAAAUUGCAAAUAGUCAUGGGGAAAAGCUAAUCAGAUAAGAAAAAAUCAGCAAGCCACAGCGGUAAUUAUCAUUUGUUUUCCUGUGCUUUUGGUUAUUCUUUGAUUUGGCUCUAAUUGGUGGAUACAUGUACACAAUUGACAUGUCAAUUGGCAAGUCACAUGUUUCAAAAUGUUUCGAUUUGCUCAUUUACCCAAAAGAUUUCUAUUUCAAAUAGAAGUUGCCAAGCCUCAAUGAAUUUCCUUGAGAUGCCUGAAAAAGAUGGAAGAAAAAUGAAUAGUUUUGUAACACCCACUGGCAAAUAGCACUAAACAUCACGAUCAAACAUUGUGUAAUCUAAAUAUUUAAAUAAGUUCUAGUUUUAAAUACAACACUAACGAGAUGUGUUUUAAGAACCAAAGUCACUUGGUGUGAAUGUGGUCUCCAGUGUGCAUGCCCAAGUGAAAAAUGCCAUCAAGCACUCACAAAUGUACUAGCUAGCAAAACUGAUCAUUGCGUUGGUUUGAAUGUGGUCACUCGUCUUGACACAAUUACAUGUAAAGAUCUGGCACAAAUGCCGUCACUCACAUAAUGUACCAAGUAUCAAGAUCUCACAUUGUGAAACCCUUAAUCAGUAAAUUGUACUGUAAUUUACAACACAACGAAGCUGCCAAACUCUUGAUUUGCAUGCCAAUUAGGAAUGUGGUCACUCUAUUACAGUCCAAUUAAGCUUUACAAUCUCUCAGUCACUGGCAAAUACAUGUAGUACUAACCAUCAAAAUCAAACAUGUGUAAUCUAAAUUCAACAGUUCUAUUUUUGAAUAAAACACCGAAAAGUGUUUUAAGAACCAAAGUCACUUGGUGUAAAUGUGGUCUCCAGUGUGCAUGGCUAAGUCAAAAUGCCAUCACGCACUCACAAAAUGUACUAGCUAUCAAGGUCUGACAAUAUGAAAUUAACCAACACCAUAACAUUAAACAAAACAAACACAGGCCAAAACUGAUCAUUGAGUUGGUUUGAAUGUGGUCACUUGUCUUGAUACAAUUAAGCGUAAAGAUCUGGCACAAAUGCUGUCACUCACAAAAUGUACCAAGUAUCAAGAUCUCACAUUGUGAAACCCUUAAGCUAUAAAUUGUAUUAUUAUAACACAAGAAAGCUGCAAAAAUCUUGAUUUGCAUGCCAAUUAGGAAUGUGGUCACUCUAUUACAGUCCAAUUAAGCUUUACCAUCUCUCAGUUACUGGCAAAUACAUGUACAUGUAGUACUAACCGUCAAGAUCAAACAUUGUGUAAUCUAAAUUAAUAAGUUCUAUUUUGGAAUAAAACAAUGAAAUGUGUUUUAAGAACCAAAGUCACUUGGUGUGAAUGUGGUCUCCAGUGUGCAUGGCCAGGGAAAAAUGCCAUCACGCACUCACAAAAUGUACUAGCUAUCAAGGUCUGACAAUACAAAAUUAACGGCCAACUCCAUUACAGCAAAGAAAACAAACACAGGUUAAAACUGAUCAUCACCUUGGUUCAAAUGUCGUAACUCGUCUUGAUGCAAUUAAGCGUAAAGAUCUGGCACCAAUGCCGUCACUCACAAAAUGUACCAAGUAUCAAGAUCUUACAUUGUGAAACCCUUAAUUAAUCAAUAAAUUGUAUUGUUAUAACACAAGAAAGCUGCCAAACUCUUGAUUUGCAUGCCAAUUACGAAUGUGGUCACUCUAUUACAGUCCAAUUAAGCUUUACCAUCUCUCAGUCACUGGCAAAGACAUGUAGUACUAACCAUCAAGAUCAAACAUUGUGUAAUCUAAAUUAAAAAGUUCCAUUUUUGAAUAAAACAAUGAAAUGUGUUUUAAGAAACAAAGUCACUUGGUGUGAAUGUGGUCUCCAGUGUGCAUGACCAAGUCAAAAUGCCAUCACCUCACUCACAAAAUGUACUAGCUAUCAAGGUGUGACAACAUGAAAACAAUAACAUUAAACAAAACAAACACAGGCCAAAACUGAUCAUUGCCUUGGUUCAAAUGUGGUCACUCGUCUCAAUACAAUUAAGCGUAAAGAUCUGGCACAAAUGCCGUCACUCACAAAAUGUACCAAGUAUCAAGAUCUCGCAUUGUGAAACCCUAAUCAAUAAAUUGUAUUGUUAUAACACAAGAAAGCUGCAAAAAUCUUGAUUUGCAUGCCAAUUAGGAAUGUGAUCACUUAUUAUAUGUACCAUGCAAUUAAGCUCUACAAUCUGUCAGCCCCUUACAAAUAGUACCAAAUAUCAAGAUCUACAGCUGUGGUAUUGUUUUCUAUCUAAACAAAUGCUGUUACUCGUGAAAUGUACCAUUAUUGAGAUCUUACCUCGUGAAACCCUAAUUAUCAACGAAUCCUACUUUGACAAGUAAAAACAAAUGAUAUAAUCUCCCGACGUUUCGGCAACCUCAUGACGCCAUUAUCAAGGGUACAAAUGAGAAUUAAAUUAACAAAUGCGAGUUCAAGAGUUAUAACUAAUUUACAUAG